AUGAGCAGCAGCAACAACAACACAACAGUAAAUAUGGGAUCCCCAGUGGACACUGUAAAGAAAACCAAACAAGGUCAUUCCUUCCUGGGUUGUCUCUGUGACAUGAGAAGGGCUGUGAUCAUGCUUGAUACCCUUGGCAUGAUUGGAAGCAUCAUUGCUCUUGUGGCUGUGAUUAUCUAUGACAAAUAUGGAACAGAAGAGGAUAAGAAGGCUUUGAUGCUUGAGAACUAUGAUUUUGGCGCUCUUAUUGCUAUUUACAGUGCCGUCAUCAUCUGUCACCUCAGUGCAAUCAUUGGUGCCAUCACAUUCACCAUUUGCCCAAUUUUGAUCACCAUCCUUAUGAACAUUACCUAUGCUGUCAUUGCUGGUUUGGACAAGAACUGGAUUGGUCUUGGAGUCUACAUCUUCCUCCUGUAUCCCCAUGUCUUCCUUUGCAAUGAGCUUGCCAAGGGCAUCAUGACCAAGGAGAAUUACCGCAGCCAAGAGCGCCAGUCUUGUUGCUGUGUAUAG